GUGCUCGAAAUAAUGAAAUUAGCAUGGGUUUGUGUCUGUAUUCAGUCGUAUGUAGGCGGGUAACCUUAUUAUGGUCUCCCUUUAAUGAGGUUUCCGGUUAAAAAGUUAAAUAAAAUUAGGGAGAAAAAUAGUAAUCUUAUCACAGUUACCAUUUUUAGUAGGCACUGCAUGACGCAUGCAGUGAAUUAAUUAGAAAUAGCUGAUUGGCUGAUUGGAAUUGAUUCACGUGUAACCAUUUAUGAAUAAUUGAUUUUUAACAUAAUUUCUACAAUUAUUCAGCACAGUAGAUCGACGGCAAUAUGGUGGCUAUACCCUAUUUGUUUAAUGAAAUCGAGCGUAUUUUCCAAAAUACUCCUCUUUAUGUGAUUGUUUUGGAGGGUUUCCUCUUACUCUCGGUUAUAUGGUUGUUAUUCGUCAAACGGAAUGGACGCGGCAAACGCUUUAGUAGAGAGGAGGAAGAAGCGAUAAUUGCCAAUUAUGAGCCAGAACCACUUGUUGCUAACACCAAUCCAAAUCAUCCGCUUUUGAAAACGCAUUUAGUGCAAUCGAAAGUUGGGAAACGAGUUGUGGUCGAUGGUAAUGAUUGUCUAAAUUUGGCAACACACAACUACUUGGGCUUAUUGGAGGAUAAGAAAAUAUUAGAAGAUGCUUGCAAUACUCUGAAAAAAUACGGUGUAGGCUCUUGUGGACCGCGUGGCUUUUAUGGCACAAUGGAUGUGCAUUUGGAUUUGGAAGAUCGUCUCGCCAAAUUUAUGGGUAUGGAAGAGUCCGUUGUUUAUUCAUAUGGUUUCUCAACCAUAGCAAGCGCCAUACCGGCAUAUGCUAAGCGUGGUGAUGUCGUAUUUGCUGAUGAAAUGGUCAAUUUUUCAAUACAAAAAGGUUUAGAUGCAUCGCGGAGUACAAUUUAUUAUUACAAACAUAAUGACAUGGCUGAUUUGGAGCGUUUGCUUAUUGAACAACAAGCGCGUGACGCAAAGAACCCCAAAAAGGCCGCGAAGACACGUCGUUUUCUUGUUGCCGAGGGCAUUUACAUAAAUACCGGCGAGAUAUGUCCACUACCCGCGCUUGUGGCUUUGCGUGCUAAGUACAAGUUGCGUCUAUUCUUGGAUGAAAGCAUUUCUUUUGGCACGCUUGGCAAAACUGGUCAUGGCCUAACCGAACAUUUUAAUGUCGAACUCAUUGAGGUCGAUCUCAUCAUGGCCGGCAUGGAAAAUUCUUUGGCUACAAUUGGCGGCUUCUGUGUUGGUUCACACUUCAUUGUCGAACAUCAGCGUUUGUCUGGCCUGGGUUAUUGUUUCUCUGCAUCACUACCGCCACUACUAACACAAGCGGCUAUCUCCGCAUUGGAUCGUUUUGAAAGUGAACCGCAAAUGUUUGCAGAAUUACAGCAAAUAGCGCGUAAAGUGCAGGAAGUUUUUGGCAAAUUCUCAAAAUUGACACUGCGUGCGAACGAGCUUUCGCCAGUUAAACAUUUGUACAUUGCCGAACAGCGUGCUAAUGCCGAGGAGGAGUGUGAAUUGCUCACUAAAAUUGCCAAUAAGUGCAUUGCUGCUGGUGUUGCCGUCAUUGAGGCGCGUUAUCUGAAUAAUUUGGAAAAGCAUCCGAUACGUCAGAGUAUGCGUGUUACUGUGAAUCGCUUACUCACCGAUGCUGAUAUCAAGCAUGCUUACGAUGUUAUCGAAAGGGUGUCCAAAGAAGUGCUGUAAGCUGAAAGAAAAAAAUCAACAGCGAACAUGAUGAAGCGUUUGAUAAGCGAACAACACAUACAGUCAACUGUAUAAUUAUGAUAAUAUUUAUCUAAGCUUUUUAAGUGUAUACAUACACGUAUGUAGGUUACAUAGCACCCAGUGCAAAGGGGCGUGUUGAAAUUAAAUAACAGUAAUAUUAUACACAAACUCGCAUUUUAGGAAAUAAGUUUAAAUUAAAAAUUACUUUUUAAGUGAAAUAUAACUAUUACUGAAAGCUUCGCAUUCCAUGCCAAAAGUUUGCUAAACCAUAUUUUUCCUCUAUAAUUUAUCAGUCACUUAUAUAUGUCUGUAAACCAAAGUUAAAACGCUGAAGGUAUUAAAAUUUAAUAUGUAUGUAAGCUUAUAGUUUAACUAUAAUCAAUUUUUAUAAAUGUUGGCGUUCUAGAGAAUUUCUUAUGGUCCGUUUUUAGCCUAAGAAAGUGUAUGUUUAAAGUGAAUGAAAUGUAAAUUAUCAAAAUUCUUCUACCAACGCCUUAAUAAAGUUUAAAUUAAAUACUAA